CUUUAGGCAGGCCUUUGGCGAUCUGUCUAUUAAUCUGUGGUCGCGGAAAGAGCCGGCAUGGGCGUCUCUCUCCGUCACAAGUGACAAGAUGGCACGUCAGCAGCAGGACGUCGACGAGCUUUUCGACGUUAGAAAUCAUUUUUACAUCGGCAAUUACCAGCAAUGCAUCAACGAAGCGCAAAAAAUCAAGCCAUCCUCUCCAGAAGCAGCUAUGGAACGCGACGUGUUGCUCUAUCGCGCCUAUAUAGCGCAAAGAAAGUUCCGUGUGGUAUUAGAUGAAAUCAACAAUUUGUCCCCACCGGAAUUGCAGCCGCUGAAGACCUUGGCAGACUAUUUUGCCAAUCCGCAUCGUCGCGAGGCCAUAGUAACUGAACUCGACAAGGAAGCCAGUCAUCCAAAUUUCGAUAAUCAUAAUUUCCUGAUUGUAGCAGCAACUAUUUAUUAUCAUGAGAAAAAUCUGGAGGCUGCUCUCCGAAUAUUGCACAACGUGGACCAUUUGGAAUGCAUGGCGCUGAUGUUGCAGAUAUAUCUCAAAAUGGAUCGUCCAGAUCUGGCUCGUAAGGAACUCAAGUCGAUGCAGGAGAAGGAUGAUGAUGCUACUUUGACUCAACUUGCUCAAGCAUGGGUUAACAUUACCAGUGGUGGUGACAAAUUGCAAGAUGCUUAUUACAUCUUUCAGGAGAUGAUUGACAAACAUUCCAGUACAAGCAUGUUAUUGAAUGGACAAGCUACUUGUUUUAUUGGACAAGCUAAAUAUGAGGAGGCAGAAACAGCUUUACAAGAGUCUCUUGAUAAGGAUAGUAAUAAUCCAGAUACAUUGAUCAAUAUGAUUGUUCUCUCCCAACAUAUGGGCAAACCACCAGAAGUGGCAAAUCGUUAUCUAAGUCAAUUAAAAGAUUCUCAUUUAGAGCAUCCUUUUGUCAAGGAAUAUUUGCAAAAAGAGAUAGAAUUCAAUAGACUUAAAGAACAAUAUUCAUCUUCCGCCUGAGUUCCACUCAGUAGAUUGUGGCAUUCUGUGGGUUAGGCUUGAUCGAGAUAUUGAUUAUAAAUGAAUUCAAGCAUAAACUAAACUGAUGACGCUCCAUUGAAGGCCUCCAAUAAGUAAAGUUUGUUUUAUUUAAACAAAAAGAAACUUAAAGUUGAAAUAUUGAAAUAGAUUCUAUUAUAAUAUAGUUAUACAGUGCAUUUCAAACUUAGCAUACUUUAAUUAAUAAAAUAUAUUUUUUGUUAUUAUUUUAUUUAUGUCGAGAAUGAGAUAUAAUCAUAUUAAUUCUUAAAAGAAUUUAUGGUCCAGUUUUCAUAUUGAUGUAUAUAUACUGGAAUAAAUAAACAAUCUGACAAUUUCUUGCACAAUAAAAAGCAAUACGCGAACUUUCUAUAAAUAGAAACAUCUUUUAAAUAUAUUGUUCUUCAAUAUUGAAAUAUUCCGUUUUAAUAUUAAAAUAGGUAUGCCGACAGAAAAUAAAUAGGGGUAUGGAAAAGUUGUUUGAAAAAAUGUAGACUUGAAAAUGUAAAAACAGAUUCGUAUGUGAUUGAAAAAAUCACGAUCUCUUAUCCAUUUUAUCCUAGUAUUAUAAUCUCAUCAUACAUAAUCAUUAAAAUAUGGCUGCCAUUUUAUAAAAUUAUCAAAAUUAAAUAAAUCAUUAUUAAUUAGUGGAAUUAAUCUUUGUAAUAUUCAUAUUAUCCAUUUAGAGAGAUAUACAAAUAAACGAAUUAUAAUAAAAAAUGUUUCAUACGUUAUGAAUAUACAUAUAUAAGUCAAAAGAUAUCUUUUUUUACUUUUCAAAUUGCUUGCUCUCUUCAAUUCUUGUAAAUAUUCUCUAAACUAUCAGAAAUAAGGUCUUUUCGUUGUGUACUUGUAAGACUUAAUUCAUCAAUCUAUUAAUAAAUUUGUAAAUAUACCUAUGUCUAGCAUGUGUGUGGAAAUUUAUUAUGCAUGAAUGUACAUACACAUGCACAGUAAAAAUCUUUUGGAAGCUUAAGUUGAAACUUAUGAAAUACCUUGUAUAUCAAAUAAUUAGGUAGUUAAUUAUUUAACUUUACUUAUAAAUAAGCAAUAAAGUUUGAAAAUGGUACACGUUUAAAAAAAAAAUUACAUCAAAGUUAAAUACAUAUGUUAAUUGUGUAUAGAACUUUCAUAUAAGAAAUUAAGAAAAAUUGGCGUUUUUUUCUAUGAAAUCAUAAGAUUAAUGGAAAAUAUAAUAAUACACAGGUAGACAUAUGUAAAACAAUUUAAUUUUUUUUUAUUGAUGUGACGGUGGGUUUCAAAGAACCGUAUUAUAUGUAUGUAACAAAGCAAGCUGAGAUUUCACAACAGAGUAAGUCAAACUGUACAUAAAAUGUAACUGUCUUCAUAUUAAGUCCUAUGUGUGUUCUCGGCAGAGUUUAUAUACAUGAAAUUAUAUUAUUUCUGAAUCAUUA